AUGUUUCCCUCCGAUCGUGAUAUCGCCAGCGCGUUCGCGCCCCAGAAUCCUCUGGGUCAGCCCAAACAGCCCCAGACACCGGAAGCGGCGGGAGUAAAGAGGCGGGAGCUGUUCCCCGCCUGGAACGUUGUUGAGGAUACCAAGAACAAGGCCAAUGCUAUCGCCAAAGAAGCGACCCGGGAGAUCGAUGCUGCCAGCCAAAAAGCCCAAGCGAAGGCCGGCAAGAUCGAACCAUGGACUCCCAAGUAUUAUGCGGCUUGCACAUUCGGUGGAAUUCUGGCCUGCGGUAUCACUCACACUGCUGUGACCCCCCUAGACCUGAUCAAGUGCCGUCGCCAGGUCGACCCUCUUCUUUACAAGAGCAAUGCGGAGGCGUUCCGUAAAAUCCGCGGUGCAGAGGGCCUUCGAGGCGUGUUCACUGGUUGGGGGCCAACCUUCUUCGGAUACAGCGCCCAAGGAGCGUUCAAGUACGGUGGUUAUGAGUACUUCAAGAAGUUCUACAGCGACCUUGUCGGGGUUGAGAAUGCGGCUCGAUGGAAGACGUCCCUGUACCUGGCAGCCAGUGCAUCAGCGGAGAUCAUCGCCGAUGUAGCCCUCUGCCCGUUUGAAUCCGUCAAAGUGCGCAUGCAGACGACUAUUCCGCCGGAUAUCCGGUCAACCUUCACUGGAAUCUCGGGCAUUGUUAGCAAAGAAGGCGUGUCCGGUCUCUACAAAGGACUUUACCCUCUCUGGGGACGACAGAUUCCGUACACCAUGAUGAAGUUCGCUUCCUUCGAAACCAUCGUCGAGAUGAUCUAUAACGCCCUGCCGGGCCAGAAGUCCGACUACAACAAGGGCGCACAGACUGGAGUUGCCUUCACGGGUGGUUACCUGGCGGGUAUUCUUUGCGCUGCCAUCUCUCACCCGGCCGACGUGAUGGUCAGCAAGCUAAAUGCGAACCGCAAGCCUGGCGAGGCAUUUGGGGCCGCGACAAGCCGGAUCUACAAGGACAUUGGCUUCCGGGGUCUCUGGAACGGCCUCCCGGUCCGUAUUGUGAUGGUUGGAACUUUGACCGGACUGCAGUGGAUGAUUUACGACUCAUUCAAGAUCUUCAUGGGUCUGCCAACCACCGGCGGAGGACCCCCCGCGGAGAAGAAAUGA